AAACUAUUUCUAAUGCAAAUAAUAUCGAUAUGUUUGAGACGCUGGCAAUGAUAGGAAAGGGAGGUUACGGACAGGUUAUGAAAGUUAGCCACAAAACUACUGGCGAUGUGUUUGCUAUCAAGAAAUGCCAAUUACGGGUAUUAACAGCAAAACAGAGAGAAAAUGUAUUGAAAGAAACGGAAAAUUUAAUAAAAUUGCGCUCAGAAUAUGUCAUUCAAUACUACUAUUCGUGGAUUCAAUACAACUGUUUAUACAUUCAAAUGGAGCUCUGUUUCAAUGGUUUGAUUCAUUUGAUCAAAACUCAAAGAAAAUUGUUUAAAAUGUAUAAAACAUAUGAUUAUUACAUAUCAUAUGAUAUAUUCAAACAAUUGGUGGAAAGUGUGGAGUAUUUGCAUAAAAAUAAUAUCAUUCACAGAGACCUCAAACCCGAUAAUGUGUUGAUUUCUAUGCCAUAUAUUUAUACAAAUCAUAGAUAUAUAAAGUUAUGUGACUUCGGUUUGUCUAAAGAAGUGAAAGCAUUGAGUGAUGAAUACAAUCAAAGGAGUGCUAAACACACCGCAGAUAUCGCCCAAUAUAUGGCACCCGAAGCACAGUUUGGCACCGAUUAUAACCAUUUAAUAGAUGUCUAUAGUCUGGCACUCAUUGGAGCAGAACUUUUUCACUUUGAUUCCGAUUAUAUCAGAGACGGAGUAAUUCAAACCAUUAAAACUAAUGAUAAAGAAUUAGACAAUAAAUUAUCAGAAAUAUACGGAUUAUUGCUAUCAAUGAGUGUUAGUAUAUAUACAGAGAGUUAUAGAAAGAUUGAUUGGAGACUAAGACCCGAAUGUGACUUGAUCAACAACCUUGUGUUAGAUGACACAUUUUACAUCGCUAAGCAGGGUCGAAACAAUGAAAACUGUACCAUCAUAAAGUAUAUUAUUAACGAACCUGAUAAAGGUAAAUUUUACAAU